GGAACUGCUUUUGUGAUCCAAAAUGGUGGCUCCCUUGUGGCUGUAGAAGCAACGUGAUUUAACACGCUUAUGUAUAAAAUAUAUACAUUUUAAAUCGUUCAGUGUGCAGCAGGAGGAAACUAUUUGGUUUGUAAAUUAGAGAGAUCGUCAGCUCUCUGCCAUGGCUUCGUUUAAGCCCACUAAAAUCCUGACGUACCCUAAACUAGGAGAGCGAGUGACUGAGGAGACGCUUUACUGGAAAAACUACAAGGCUCCAGUGCAGAUAAAGGAAUUCGGCGCUGUCACAAAAAUCGAGUUUUCGCCUCAACCACCUCACAAUUACGUCGUGACGGCGUCCACCAGAAUCCAGGUGUACGGCGCUCACUCUCAGGAGCCGCUGCGCAGUUACAGUCGCUUCCGGGACACGGCGUAUGGCGGGAGUUUCCGUGGCGAUGGGCAGCUGCUGGUGGCGGGAAGUGAAGAAGGACUCAUUCGUCUGUUCGACAUCGGAGGUCGAGUCGCUCUCCGCCAGUUCACAGGACACACCAAGGCGGUACACGUCACCUCGUUCCUGUCCGAUGGUUAUCGUGUGUUAUCGGGUUCUGACGAUUUGUCGUGUCGGGUUUGGGACGUGGCGAGUGGAGCAGAACUCAGCUCUUACACCGAACACAGCGAUUACAUCCGAGCUGCAACCGCCAGCAAACUCAACCCCGACGUCUUCAUCACCGGUUCCUAUGACCACACGCUGAAGGUGUGUGACGUUCGGUUAGGGGGAAGCGUGAUGACGCUUCAGCACGGACAUCCUGUCGAGUGUGUGCUGCUCUACCCCUCUGAGGCUUUACUGGUGUCCACAGGAGGUCGGUAUGUGAAAGUGUGGGAUUUGCUGAAAGGAGGUCAGCCGCUCGUCUCUCUGAAGAAUCACCACAAAACCGUCACGUGUGCGUGUCUGAGCACUGCUGAUAACCGACUGCUCACAGGCUCGCUCGACAGACAUGUGAAGGUGUAUAAUUCCUCCUACAAAGUGGUCCAUAGUUUUGAUUACGCAGCGUCCAUCCUCAGUCUCGCUCUCGCUCCUGAUGAUGAGAUGGUUGCUGUUGGAAUGGCCAAUGGUGUGUUGAGUGUCAGACACAGGAAACACAGUGAGGACAAACAGGAAGUGGUCAGCAGGAGGAGGCGUGGUCCUGCGUACCGGGUCUUCGUCAAGGGGAAAAACUACGUCCCUAAACAGGAUGAUUUCCUGGUGAGUAAAACGGUGAAACUGCAUCUGCAGAAACACGACCGACAGCUGAAGAGCUUCCAGGUUUCUAAAGCGCUGGACACGGCACUGGAGACGUGGCGGCGGGUCAAUAAACCUGAAGUGACGGUAGCGGUGAUGAUUGAGCUGAACCGCAGAGGAACCCUGAGGAACGCUCUGGCAGGGCGAGAUGAACAGAGUUUAACCACACUGCUCAACUUCCUGCUCAAGAACGUAACAGAUUCCCGGUUCUCCAAUAUUCUGCUCAUGGUGGCGGACGUGAUCGUCGAUCUGUAUCAGCAGGUCGUCCCUCAGUCUCCUGUAGUUGAGCGUCUGCUGCAGCGUCUGAUGGAGCUUCUGGGACGUGAAGCAGAGCUUCAGCAGGAGCUGCUGCAGGUUUUGGGAAUCCUCGACACGCUCUUCGCCUCUCUGACCCCGAGGAAGGAGGCGACGGCCCCCAGGGGCCCAUCCGCCAUUCAGGGCGGCCCACCACUCGCCAUUCAGGGCGGCCCCCUGCAGGCUGUCUGAGGCGAGUUUACUCCACACCCACGCCGCAGGAGGGCGGAGCUUUAACAUCAGCGGCUACACAGACUUUCAUUCAGAUGAUUAUCGGGGACGAUCACGUCGUCUGCGUCUUACUGACACUUUCACAUUUACAGCUUGUGUUUUAUUUGUCUGUAAAGUAAAAAAAAACAAAACAAAAAAACUUGUGAAUAAACAUUGUGUUUGUGUUUGAUUGA